GAUGUCGCACUUUGCUGAACUGUUUGACAUUUGCUUGAUAUGAGAAUUGUAACGCUUGUAACGGCGCUUGUAGCGCUGGUUUUUGUAACCGUUACAACAGCUGAUGAGCCCGAUAUUGAUAUAAAUCACGCAGAUGUGGACACGCCGUCAGAUGAGAAGGUUCCAGGACACGAAGGAACUAUAACGGUCCACGUGGUGGCUCACACUCAUGACGAUGUUGGGUGGCUCAAGACCGUGGAUCAGUACUACUACGGGUCUAAAGAUGAUAUCUACAAGGGUGGGGUACAGUACAUAAUAGACACUGUCAUAGAGCAGCUGGUAAAGGAUCCUAAGAAGAAGUUUAUCUACGUGGAGAUAGCGUUCUUUAAGAGAUGGUGGGAGGAACAAGACAAGGAGACCAGACAGCAGGUCAGGAACCUGGUCAAGGGGGGACAGCUCGAGUUCAUCAACGCGGGGUACUGUAUGAACGAUGAAGCGAGUGUUCACUACGCAGCAACAAUAGACCAGAUGAGUGAAGGACUGAUGUGGUUACAGAGGGAGGUUGGAGGACCUGACUAUGAUGUUACCCCCACCAUCGCUUGGCAGAUAGAUCCGUUUGGACACAGUUCAGCACACGCAGCUCUCAGUGCUCAGAUGGGUAUGAAGGGACUAUUCUUUGCUAGGAUGCAUUAUCAGGACUAUGAUAAAAGAAAGAGGAACAAAGAUCUAGAAUUUAACUGGAAAGUGGAAAAUGGGAACUUGUUCACCGGUGUCCUGUAUCGACAACACUACAAUGCACCCCCAGGAUUUGACUUCGACCGUAGAAGGGCUGACCCCCCAAUGGUCAGGAACCCUCAAUCUCCUGAGUACAACAUUCCAGAGAGAGUUGAGGACUUUGUUUCUUAUUUGGAGGAACAGUCAUCCCACUACAGAAGUGGUAACAUAAUGCUGACCAUGGGAGGGGACUUCUGCUACCAGAACGCCCACAAGUACUUCAAAAACCUGGACAUCUUAAUGGACUACGUUAACGCCAACACAACCAACAACGGCUUCAAGAUGAUCUACUCCACCCCUUCUCAGUACAUGGACGCUGUUCUCAAAUCUAUUGGAGGGCUACAAAAUAAAACGGACGAUCUGUUCCCGUACGCUGACGGUCCCCACUCUUACUGGACUGGUUACUUCACCUCUCGCCCCACCCUAAAAGGGUAUGUCCGGGACUGUAACAAUGUGUUGCAGGUGUGUAAGCACGUGGAGGCAGCAGCAGCACCUGGUGACAAGUUGGGGGCUACUUCUGAGCUACUCAGACUGGCUAUGGGGGUCUCUCAGCACCACGAUGCAGUCAGUGGAACCAGCAAACAGCACGUAGCGGACGACUACGCUAGAAGACUAGCUGCGGGUCAGACAGAAUGUGAAACACUGAUUACUAAAGGCCUGAAGAUGAAGUCAGUGUACACUGGCAAGUUACACGCUUGUCGGUUACUAAACGAGAGUUACUGUGAGGUUACUCAGGAUGGUAACCGCAGUCUCACUAUUGUUGUGUACAAUGCCAGGGUAACUCCACGAAUAGAGUACAUCAGAAUACCUCUAACCCACCCCCACUACCACGCUGUUAACCUGGUUACACAACAGUACAUGCCAGUAGAGUACCUCCGUGUCAGCGCUGCCACUAGAGCUCUCAACCCUGACUCUCUACCACUAGAGGGGGUGUUCAGAGCUGAGCUUCCACCUCUCGGCUUCGCCUCAUUCGAACUGAGAGUGUCUCUAAACCAUGUGGGACGAGUACUGAAGAGUGUGCCAGUUUACUACGGGGAGGAUCUAAUGGUGGAGUCCCAGAUUUACAAGGUGUAUUUUGACAGUAGGACCGGCGCUAUGAAGAUGAUAACUAAUAAGCUAGCUGGGCUGAGUGGGAGAAGUGACAAACUUACUCAGAGAUUCAUGGAGUACAGUUCUAGUCCUGGUGAUAAAGUGGACAACCAACCCUCUGGAGCGUACAUAUUCAGACCACUGAACAACUCACCCGACGACCUAGGAGACCCCAUACUGACGGACUACAUACCUGGGGAACUGUUCACUGAAGUCUGGCAAACAUUCGACGACUGGAUUACCCAGGUAACAAGAAUAUACUACGAUAAGUUCCACAUAGAAGUAGAGUGGACAGUUGGUCCUAUCCCUCUAGAUCAUGGCAGGGAGAUAAUAACACGGUACGAUACUAGUCUAGCUACUAACAAGACUUUCUACACGGACAGUAACGGUAGAGAGAUGGUUGAAAGAGUGUUAAACAAGCAGCCUACCUGGGAUCUGACGGUUACGGAGCCUAUAGCGGGGAACUACUACCCAGUCAACACGCGCGCUACUAUAGUAGACAGUGCGCGCGGAAUGCAGCUGACUGUUCUGACUGACAGAAGUCAGGGGGCUGCCAGUCUCGGAGACGGACAGGUGGAGUUUAUGGUACACAGGCGGAUACUAAAUGAUGAUCACAGAGGAGUAGGUGAACCCCUUAACGAGACUGCUAAUGGUAGAGGGCUGAUAGUGCGGGGGAGGCACUGGCUGUUCUACUCAGAUACUAUCUCUUAUCACAUGCACCGAGAUGUUGGUCUGGACUUGUUUUACAAACCCACUGUUGUUAUUGGAAACGAGGGAGGAAUUGAGGUGCCUACAUGGAACUUCUACAAGAGCGCGACCCCAGCAAGCCAAUACCUGAACAUAGUGACCCUGCAGAAGAUACCCUCUGUAAACGGGACGGAUCUGUUAGUGAGACUGGAGAAUACUUUACCUGGGUCUGAGGGAGGCAAACCUAUUACUGUCAAGUUGGAUGAUAUAUUUGGAGUGGAGGGUAACUUCAACGGAUAUCAGGAGCUUGGCUUAGCAGCAGACAGAGAUAUAAAGAAAGUUGUAGAUUACAAAUCUCACACCCAACAUGACGACGCUGCCAAGCACACUAUUGAACUCCAGCCCUUCCAGAUACGGACCUUCAUUCUCAACUUCAAUAGCACCGAGACUAUGUUCUAGUCACGUGGUGUGUGACGUCACGUGGUGUUACGUGUGACGUGAGUGACGUCAUACAUUUUAUGAGAUUUCCGAGACUGAUUUAUUGCGGGACUCCGGGAGUAAACUAUAUCCGAUUAUUUUCGAGUACACUGCCAGUGUUGUCGGAGCCUGCUUGUACUACAUAAUAUUGCGGUUGAUUUAUGUUUUAUUGUGUAACAUAUUGUAUUGUACGUCUGAUAUAUUAACAUGUGCAUACAUCAUUAUUAUUAUAACUUUAAAGUUUC